CUGGGGGAGGUCGACGUUUUUGGAAAAUAACACCUGCCACAUUUUCCUCACACCAAAUACCCUCGAGUUCGAGACUCGAUUUACACCACACAUUUAGGACACCGCGACCUGUCCAAAGCCUACAGGAGAUUGAGGUCGUGUUUUUAUUUUGAAUUAUAAUUGUUCGCUUGUUCGUGAGCAUUUCCAUGCUUAAACGAAUUUACAUCAAAGAAUAACCGGACACACGUGAACGGAGCGCUCAAUUCUAAGAGUUUAUUCAAUAAUGGUAGAUGUUCGCUCUCUUCAUUUCGAUACUGAAGAUGACUUGGAGUUGUUUCAAAAAGAGGCCUCUUGGCGUCGUGAACGAGAGUAUGAAUUGCUGACAGAAGGAUUGAAACAUCGGUUUACGUUUCUUCAGCAAAAAAUGGAAGAGCUAAAUCAUCUCACUACGCAUUUAAAUCAAUUUUACGCUUCCAUCGCGGAAAAGCUUGUCCCGUUACGUGUUGAACAACAAGUGUUGGAUAAUGUCUCAAACUGGACCACAUUUACAGGACUGAGUGAAGAGAUGCUGGAGAAUAAUUUUAUGGAAGAGUUUAUGGCCAACUACUCUCAGCUAUUUCGCAACCUAGCCGCUGGAAAUCUUUCGGGAGUUGCAGACAUUGAGGCAUUACGCCCAAUGUAUGACAAGUUAAGUAUGCUUAUUUACCUAGAAGGUUCACAAAAGGCAUGUGAAUACGUACUCGGAUUUAUGGAAAAAAACAUUGACUUGCUCGCCACCCACUUUCGUCAACUCCAAACUGACGUUCAAGACCAACAGCAUAGUCGGACUCUUCAAGAUGUUGAUUUGGUUAUUCAAAAUCGCACGGAUGUUGAAGAAGGCGAACUGGACGAACAGUUGGCAACGCAAGCAAUUGAACCUGAUGGCCCCGCUCCAGCAGCUCCUCGUUCCUCCUUAACAUCUGAAACUGUUGGCAAAAUAUCCAACGACUUAAAAAGUUUGAGCACUACUAGCAAAACAAAACUUCAGCAAUUGCUCGAACAAUACCGGGAGAUGGCUCUCAAGUCUUGUGGACUUCAUGUUCAGUCUCUGAACAUUGCUGACAAUAGCCUUGACUCUUACAUGACAUAUGCUCAAAUGAAGAUGCAGCGUUCACAACUGGAUGCAGAGCAACAAAAUUUGGAAACCAGCAUAAAGGACUUGCUAAAAAAUAUCAAUGACUCUAUAGAGGAUUUCUAUAGAAUUGAGCUUGACGACCGCGACAAAGACGUUUCCAACAUUCGCGAACUUCAACAAAAAAUGAAUCUAAUGGAGCAACAACUCAGUGACAUUCGGAAUAAGCGCGACGAGUUGGUUAUUCAACAGCAAAUGCGUAAUCCUGAUCAUACUUUAAUGGAGGAUAUAGAACGCACUUUGGAUGCCAUUAUCUCAUCUCGUUCAUCGUUCAUUGACGCCUUGCAGACUCGAAUGGACUUUCUCGAGCAUGCUCCUCAAUACGAAUCUGAGCCGGCUGCCUCAAUGACAGAAGACUCAUCAGAAGUUGAAAAGCUGAAACUCAAUAAUUCUAGCCUUUGCCAAGAACUGCCAGGAAUGCAUGCUGCUUAUGACAAAGUUCAAGCACAACUCGCGGAACAACUUUCCUCACUUCAAUCGGCGGAAACGGAGAUUGCUCAAUCUCAUUUAGAACGCGCCCGAGCCACACAAAAGUACUUUGCCGCCAUGAAGGCUCGCGAUGUUCUUAUUACUGAACAUAAAAUGCUAAAAGUUGUUGAGGCCCGCAGCCAAGACUUAAUGGCCAAGCUACGGGAACGGGAGACGGCCCUAAUAGCUCGUGCUUCUACUGCUCGCAAGGCACUUAGCGUGUUCGAAGAGAUCCAACAACUUUACCAAAAAGCUAAUCAACAAACCUUGGAGACCGAGAAAAACACAACGCACACGAAACGCGCGUUCAUCCAAAAAAUAAAUCAGACUUCUCAGCAGAUCACCGAAGCACAACAGGAGAUACUCGACUAUUUCGAAAAAAAUAUUGAAAUGGAGGAGCAACUGGCACUUCAAAAAGUUCAACUAGAAUAUGUUGAGCGUGAAAAACCACAACUCGAAAAGGCAUACGAGACUGAAGAAGCUCAAGUGUACAAAACAAUGCUCAAAUGUUCGUCGUGCAAUUUUGCCAACUGGAAGAAUCGACUCAUUUCCAUCUGUGGUCAUGCCUUCUGUGAGGAAUGUAUUGAGGAUAUGUGUUCACAAAAACAUCGCAAAUGUCCGACCUGUGAAAGGCCAUUCAAUCGAACAGAUGUCGUACCAAUUCACCUAUGAUGCCCCCUUUCCGUUCGUUCCUUACUGCAGCAGCCCUUUCGCUCUUGCGAGUUAUCUAUACUUUUACCUAUGGUCCUAUUAAUUUUGGCUUCUUCAAAAAAACGACUCACUCCCUUCUCAUUCCUCAUUCUUCUCUAAUCUUACCUUUCUCUUGGUUUUGUUUUCUUCGUUUCUGUUUGCUUUCAUGAUAAAGUUUAGACUGUGUUUCGUUUUAAUGACAUUGUCAACUUGUUAAAAUAUGUUGUAUAAAAUAAAAUCACUCAUUGAUGUUGCUUCCA